UACGCAUAUUGCACGUAAAAGAAUAUUGAAAUAACAUUUCUAUGCAACAAAAUGGAGGCAAUGGAAGUUGGUGAAGACAUUUCUACAGAAUCACUUACAUCCUGGUUUGACUAUCUCGCGUUGGAAUCUUUCCUUGGAUCAGGAUCGUUCGGUUAUGUCUUCAAGGCGGUCAGUGGACACGUCCACCUUUCCGCAGUUAAGGUCAUAUUCAUCGAUGCCCUCGGAAACCAGUCAGACGACGAAGCGGAGAAACUCUCGCGAGAGUACAAACUAAUGAGAGGAAAGAAACACGACAAUUUGGUUGAAAUAUUAAAAGCAACCGACACACCCUUUACUGAAGAAGAUGUCAAGGUCCUGCGAAAUAUUAGAUGUCUUCAGAACAAUGACGACGUUCUUGAUCAACUUUACUCACUAUCGUCGCGAGCACAACGAAAAAAACAAAUUCCUACCCUCUGCAUCCAAAUGGAGUUAUGCGGUAAGACGUUGCGUCACUGGUUAACUAGAAAUAAUGAGAUUGACAACCCUGACUUACAUCCAGUUCGUCGUCGCAUAGUUAAGGACAUGUACGAAGGACUAAAAUAUCUUCACAGUAAUAACAUUAUGCAUCGGGACUUUCGCCCAGAAAAUAUUAUGUUUUCCUUCCCGCCCACAGGGGAAGAGUUUGCAUUUCCGGUUAAAGUGGGAGACUUCGGGUUGUGUCGGCAGAUCCAUGGGGAGCACACUAAAACUAAAACCCUGACCGCUGGUGUAGGGAAUGUCACGUACCAAGCUCCAGAAACGAAAUCUUCGAAAUAUGGCAUUCCCGCAGAUUUGUACUCGUUUGGUUUAGUAUCGUGGGAAGUUUUCCAGCUAAUUAAGCAGAAAGAUACGAUCUCAAUGUUCGACAGGUUAGUUAAUGACCACCGUAUAAGCCUGGUUGAACAGGAGGACUGGUGGCUUCGGGGCUGGGGAAUUGUGAUUAUGCGCCUUACGAAGAGACACGUGGAAGAUAGGUUGACGGGACAUCACAAAAUAUUGCUUAUCGACCCUUUUAAAUCCGAGUUUACUAUAGAAUCACAUUCGCAAUUGGAUUAUUUCACCCUUGUACCAGGCGAUACCGUGAACAUUAAUAUUAAGGACGUCUCAAGUAAAUCUUACGAGUUUAGAGGGAAUAAUAUUACCUUCAACGGGGUUACUGCUUCCAGCCAUCAGCCGAUUAUAUUGAACAUUAAAGAUUAUUGUACAAUUAAUAAUCUGAGGUUGAAGUCUUUACUAGUAAGUGGUAGUAAUAACAAUAUCAGUAACUUAAUUUGUGACAAUGUCGAAAUUAUAGGAGAUGGUAAUCAAUUACGUAACAUUGAAACCAUUCACAAUGCGUGUGGCUACGGAAUUGUUUUAUUCGGGAACAAUAAUGUUUUAAAAUCAUUCCAAUGUUGCACUGCCCCUACUCAAGAAAUUGAAGAUCGUGUAUUUUGCACUUACGCAGCAGAGGUCAACGCCGACCAAAUUGGCGGCGGCGGCGGCGCCAAUUUUGGGGAUUUUUCGGCGCGGCGCGGCGGCGCGGCGCGGCGCCUCAAUGGUGAAGGGAUAGGGAAAUCGAUUUAUCGGCGGCGGCGGCGCUUAAAAUUCUAUCGGGGUAUGGCGGCGGCGGCGCUUAAAAUUCUAUCGGGGUAUGGCGGCGCGGCGGCGCGUAAAAUUCUAUCGGCGUAAGGCGGCGCGGCGGCGUGAGAUCCGCGGCGUUGACCUCUGUUACGCAGCAGCUGAUUAUAAUACAGCUUUAUUGGAACCAGAUUUUCACGCGUGCAUUUAUGUGGAAGAAUGUAGCGAAUCAUGUACAAUUGAAAAUGCUAAUUUACACGAUGCCUAUAUCAGAGGAACCCGACAUGUUUUGAAGAACGUUGAGUGCAAAAAUUCUAUUGUGAUUAGUAGGAAAAACCAUAUAACAAUUGAGGUAGAGGCCGCUAAUUUCAUUGAUUAUUCUUCAAGCAAGCAGAUCCCAUACGUACGACAACGUUAGCAACGUUUUUAUGUCUAAGCAAGAUUUCAUUCGCCCCUAAAGCCGACCUAAAUGAGCUCUUCUCUGUAUUAAAUAUUAGUAUCUGUAACUUGUUAGUUCAGCAUCAAGUUUUAUUGUCAUCUUAUCUUAACCAGUUCUGUUUACAUUGAUUAGCUCAUGAAUAGCUUAAUCAUUAGUAGUCCAGAAAUACAACUUCAUUGGUACAUGUAUGGAACGAGAACUAGUUUUUUUAAUCAUUAAAAUGUCAAGAAAUAAAUUUUCACUUAUUUAUAUAUUGUCCACUAAAUUACAAUUUGAAUAAUAACUAUUCUCCCAAAUUGUUUGGAUUUGUCAAAUGUUUUGAAAUUUUUCAAAGAUUUUAAUUUACAAAUUUGUAAAACUGCAUACAUAUGUAAAUAUGUAUAUAGCCGUGUAGUGUUUUAUUGUGUAUAAAUUCUUGAAAACAUAGAAAUGUUUCUAAUUUAUGUCCAUAUACAAAUGUUUGACAUUGUGCAGUUUAGGUUAAUUUGUACAAAUUUUUGAGAACAUGGAUUUUUAAUGUGUGCAUACAAAUUUCGAAAAUUAUUUAAACUUUUAUAAUAAUGGCGUUUUUUUAAUUGUUAAGGGUUUUAUUUAAGUAGCGGAAAAUCUUUAGAUUGUGCAAAUUAUUUGAAAUUUCAACAAAAUUUGACAAAUCAAUUGAAAAUCUCGCAGUGUAUGUGUAUGGAUCCAAGGCAAGAUAUAGAGGUGAAGGACGGAAUUAUCCUAGUUACAUAUGUACGUAUUUAGACAUAUUGUACAAUAUUUCUCCAACGAUUUGCAAAACUAUUUCGUUUGAACCCCAAUUUCCACUACUUUUUCUAGGAUAAGUUUUUGUUUUUUGAAAUAUCUGAUAUCUGUCUAGGGCAUCCAAAAUCGGUUUUUCCGAUUUUGUAAAAUCGAUUAAAAACCGGGUUUCGAUUUACCCGAAAACCGGUUUUCGAUUUUUGAUAAAAAUUGUUGUAGAACUACAAAAUAUUAGUCAUUUCUUGUUUUUCAUGCAAAAAUAAAUUCUUCUGAUAUAUUUUUUUCCUAAUUCAUGCCCAAAGUUUGAUCAACUUUAAAUUUUACCAUGUUAUAUUUCACACAUUUUUAGGUGUUUCACGAAAAUGUAAAAAAUCUGAAAAAUCGAAAACCGGGUUUUCAAAAUUUUCCAAUUCUGGAUGCCCUAUAUCUGUCAAAUGAGGAGAUUAUCAUUCUGUUGGAAAAAAUCCAGGUGGAACAGUAUACUUAUAGGGUUCUCGCUUGUUAACCGAAUUCAAUAUUUUCUCAUGAAAGAAAAAAAUAUAAAUUAUACUUAACUUCAUAACUUUUGAAACUUAUGUAUUUAUAUAAAAAAAUAUCGAUUUUUUGAUUCAAUAAAAUCUUCACUAUUUAAAAGAUGGACAGAUUUUAAAUCGCUAUUUGAAUGCGUGGAAGAAAGGAAAGUUGAGACACGAAAAUUUAAAUUCAAAACCCGUAUGCAAUGGAUCCUUCAUAUAAAAUCGAGAGUGCAUUUACUUUAAAAAAUGGUAACGGUACU